AUGAGACAGAAAAUGAGGGAAAACGGGGAAAACGAGAUUUUCUGGCAUUAUUUGCAAAGAUUUCAAUCGUUUUUCGUCCACACCAUCGUCAACAAUCUGAGUGGGAAAGUGAUAUUCUGGGAGCUCGGCUCAAUCUGUCUUGGCGUGGCUGAUGGAGUCCUUUCGUCAGCUCUCUCAAAAUCUCUCUACUUUGAGUACUCGAAUUUCGUGCUUGUCACAAAAUUCGCCACAUUUGUGCUCGGAUUUGAGUUAUUGAGAUCAUUUUUCGGCAUUCGUUUGGUUUCUUUCCAUUGUUCGCUCGUUUUUCACGGUUUCUUUCCGAUAAUUUUGCAAUUUUUGUUUACAAUGCUGAAUGAGAUGUCGAUUAGUGGAGUGUGGGCACCAGGAUUUGAGAGAAUUUUGACAUUUUCUCCGAUAAUCUGCGCUUUUCUUUGUUCACUCGUCGACGAGCUUCCAUUCUCACGGCGCACCCAGAGACAAGCAGUGGCGCUCAUUCUCGUCACUUGUCUACCAUAUUAUGCGUUGAAAUUCCACGAUGUUGAGUCAUUAAACGCAUGGGCUUUUCACAUAUCAUUUCUUGCUGUUUUCGCGCAACUUAUCGCCUGGAUUCAGCUAAAGAAUUUAUUGAAAAGAUACGGGCCAUUAGAGGUGCUUUACACGCAACAAUGUUGCUAUUUUUUCGGCAGUUUUGCGGCUGAGGUUUAUCUGCAUUCGAUUCGUGGAGUCAGUGAAUACCUCAUUCGAUGGCGUUUCCCAUUUUUAUUCCCCGUUUGGGCGAUUCUCUUGCUCGUUUCCCCACUCUACGAAUAUUUUCGCUUGAAGAGUUUACAAAUGACUGAUCCACCGACGUUGGCCGUUUUAUCGAACAUCAAGAUUUCGUUGCAGAUCUUCUUCUCGUAUGGUUUAUCGAAAUAUGUCUAUCAUCAAUCAUCAUGGGAACAUUUUGAUUCUCAUAAUUUCCUGAUGGCCGCCACCGCUUCAUCUGCCGGUUUCUACUAUCUUUUACGAAAAAAACGAUCAUUAAUGAUUAAAAAUUAU